CCAACCCCUCAAGAUUAUUGAUGCUGUCCUUGAGAAGAUUACAGACGUACAUCCGUACGCAAAGAUGGCGCUGGGCGUGCUAUCUGCUGCAUCCAAGAUCAUAAUCGCGCAGGCACAGCGCGACGUUGAAAUGCAUGAUUUUGAAAAAACGGGAAGGUUUUACCAUACUUCUUGCCCCAUACAGUGAAUGUGAGCCAGGGCUUGACAUGAGGCAUGUCUCGAAGGUUCCCAACCAGAGGCAGGCCCCGAGGACCAGGAGGAUAUGGUGCGCGAUUCUUCUUGGCGAAUACUUGCUUCACUUCCCCAAAUCACAGAACUUCCAUCUAGCUUUCAGAUUCUCGUUACCUCUCGCCCGCUUUAUGAUAUCGAAGAUGCAUUUUACGGUGCUGAGCAUAUUCUACGGUUGUCGAUGGACGAGAUUCCAGCAGCAGUGGCAGAGCGCGACAUCCACACGUCCGUAUCUGAGGAGCUGAAGGGGCUACCAGAUUUUCGCGACAAAGAGCUUACAAGUCUAGCUGCGAAAGCCGAUGGAUCUUUCGAGUGGGCGCGUCUUGCUUGCGACCACAUCAAAGACGCGCCUCCAGGCGUAUGCCAAAUGCGUCGCUUGUAUGCUCUCGUCAACCGCAGGGCUGGAAAGCAGAAGAACCUGUUGUACGAUAUGUAUCUGGUCAUUUUGCAAGAAAUCAUGAGAAGUCAUCAAUAUGACGACGACGAGUACAAACAAGCACUGGCAGUGUUUCGUUCUGUGAUGGGACAGAUACUUGGCACAGCUUUUUUUUUUUGA